AUGGGAUGGCCUAAAAAGAUACCACAGUUAUGUAAACCUUAUCUUAAUUAUAAAAACAAUUUUAGUGUGGUCGAUGGUUGUUUGAUGCUGGGCCACAAAGUCGUAAUUCCUUGUAAUUUAAAAGGAAAUAUAUUAAAACAACUACAUUCUCCUCAUUUUGGAAUAGUCAAAACUAAAAGCUUGGCUCGUUCUUAUGUAUGGUGGCCGCAAAUUAGUUAUGAUAAUGAAAAUGUCCAAUAUAAAUAUAUUUUAGUGUUAGUUGAUGCUCAUACAAAAUGGCUAGAAGCUGUUGUCACUUCAAACACUAAAUCUAGUGCAACAAUAAAUAUUUUAAGGGAUAUUCUUUCUAGAUUUGGCUUACCUUUUGCUUUAGUUUCUGACAACGCUACUACUUUUAAAUCUAAUGAAUUCCAAACAUUUUUAAGUAAAAACAACAUAGAAUUUAAAGAAAUUGCACCUUUUCAUCCAGCAUCUAAUGGUCAAGCUGAAAAUGCGGUUAAAACAGUUAAACAAGCACUACUUAAGAUUUUAAAAAGGAGUUCAUUGUCUGAACUUAACCGAAAAUCUCCAGCCAAUUUAAUGUUUCAAAGAAACAUAAGAAGUGUUUAUGAUUUUUGGAAUAACAAUGUAAAUAUUGUAAAUCAUAAAGCUAUUGAUGUAACAGACUUUAGUAUUAGUAAACAAAAUGUAAAAGUAGAUCUUAAUCAAAUAUCUAAAAGUCGAGACAAUCAAUGUAAAUAUUUCAAAGGUAGUAGAAAUAAAACUUAUUUAAUAGGAGAUCAUGUAGCAGUAAGGGAUUAUAGAGUUAUUAAUAAGCCUUCUUGGGUAAAGGGAAUAAUUUUAUAUUUUAAUAAUGUUUUUGAACCUAUCUUCUUAUGA